CCGAGGUAGGUAUAUAACGGGAGCGCGAGGCGCAGAUGUCACUGCAGAUCUCCACAACCUCUGCGCCGACCAUGAAGUGCAUCCUGGUACUGCUGGCGCUCGCCGUCCUGCUCUCCGCGGCGGCGGCUGCGCCCGACCACGAGCCGGGUCACGUGGCGAAGGGCACGCAGCUCGACCAACAGCGACACGCCGCGGACUGCAAGGGCCACGCCCACCAGCACGACCACGCCCACUCGCACGACCACGCCCACCAAGACUAGGCCCAGCUGCUGGAACUCGACCACGUCUUUCAUACUGUCAUACUCUCAGUGAUAUUGCCUGUAUCCUUGACUAUUUUAUAUAAAUAUAAAUGUGUCUUUAAAUAAA